UUCCCUGUCUCCUUUUUCUUCUCAGAACAAGCACGUCAGGAAACUAACAAUGGGUCAUCUGUCAGCAAUAGCAGGAAGAAACGCGUCCUCAUGGCCUCUGGGAUCGGUACCAAUGUUACGGUUGUGCCUGGAGACCUUUUACGGAUAGGUUGCCCUGUACAUCCUAGUGCAAAGAACACAAUCCAGUGGUUCUUCAAAAAUCAACCAAUUCAAGAAAUUGACGGCCUCAGUCACAGAAACUUGGUUCGCGGACGCAUCUUAGAGGUGAAGGUUGCCUCCGACCGAUUGGCUGGGCAGUAUAGAUGUCAGACUUCCUCAAGCGCCAAGCCGUUGUCUGUCUGGAAUACAGGUGGGAACUUGCCGAGUGGAAUCCAUGUUCGGCUACUUGUGGAAAUGCGGGAACCCAGUUCCAAAGACUGCAGUGUGUGAACACGAGGGAGGAAAAAGUGGACAAGUCUCUGUGCAAAGCGAGCCUGAAACCAGCCGUGACUUAUCAGCCUUGCAACAUCCAAGAUUGUCCUCCCAGGUGGGCGAUGAGCGCUUGGUCCGAAUGCUCUGCGUUGUGUGGCAAUGGUUUCCGUCAGCGACAAAGGUUGUGCAAACAAGUCACAGCAAACGGCACAGCUAUAAGGUUGCCUCCAGACACUUGCGCCCAGAAUGAACACCUUUUGGAAAGGAAACCUUGCGUGGGGCAGUUUUGUACGGAAUGGAUUCUUCAUCCUUGGGGCCAGUGCAUCGGUCAGUGUGUGAAUCGCGGCGUGGGUUUGCAGCACCGACGCGUUCACUGCCAAUAUCAGAAUGGAACAGCCGUGUUAGACUCACAGUGUCAUCACCAGGAAAGACCGGCCACGAGAAGAAACUGUUCUUCGGAGAAAUGCGACGUGUAUUGGCGGACGGGACCCUGGAGGCCUUGCACCGCAGACUGUGGGAGCGGAUUCCAGUCGCGGCACGUCGGCUGCAUCCACGGGAAAAAUAAGAGACCCGUUGCGGAUCUUUCCUGCGCCUGGAGGAAGAGACCGGCCACCUGGAGGCACUGCAAUGUCACUUCCUGUGACAAAGGCGAAUGCCAGGAUACCUCUCCCUACUGUACGUUUGUAAAGCAGCUAAAAUUGUGCUUGGUAGACCUCUACAAACAAAGGUGUUGUCAGUCCUGUGGAGAGCAUUAUUCCUUUACGGAAAGUUCUUGAUGGCACCGUGAAGAAACGGCAAGAAGAGUUUUGAUUCAGUAAAGACCAUCAACCAAGAACCCCCAGGGUUGGUUUAAAAAGAAAGUUGUGUGAAUGUUCUGCACGGGAUUUUUUUGUCCCCCCCCCACACCUUCUUGCCUUCUCCACCCUCACCCAUCCCUCUCCAACCACAACACAUGGUUUUGUUGUAAUUCAAACACAGAGGGUAGUUUUUUUUUAAAAAGGGUACAGCCAGGUCUUCUUACAACUUUUAAUAGAAAGGGAGUUGGACUGAUCCAUUGCCUUCAAGUUGUGGUCCUGGAAGUAGAAAGAUAAAUAAUAAUAAUAAUUGUGUGCCAUCACGUCAGUUCU